UUUCUGGAUGGGAAGCGUGACGAAACAGAUGAGCACGGCGACCCAUCGUUCUCCCAACGUCUUCAGUAUUUGCAUAAAAAAUUCCACGAAGCAAGCCCUGCCAAUGCAAGCUGGUGGAAAUUGGUCACCCUUCGCCAUGCCACUCUGGAUGAGAACGAAUUGGAAUUCCAAACCCCUCGGUCCAAACGGCCUUAUGUUUUCGGUAUCGAGAACCAGAAGCGGCGAGCGAGUACGGCAGUCACUCUGGCAGAUCAGCUUCUAGCAGACGACCGACUUCAACCCUUCCUUUAUGAAUUUAAGAAUGCGGACGAAGAGGCACACCGCCGGGAGCACCUUAUGAAUAUUAUAGCCGACGGUGCGCAAUCUAUGUUCGAUCAUGAGUUCCAACUGGGCGGACAGGUAAAAGUCCAUCAACUCCCCGAGUUGGACCAGUUUGAUACCUCUACAGGACUCAUGUUCUCGGGUCUCGGUGCUCGAGAGGAGUGGAAAGAAACUCCGCUGUUCGUUCCUAAGCGGCAGGGCCGCGUGAUUCUCGUCCUCCGACCCGGGUUGUUUCAUUAUGAUCUUCCUGAGGAUUUCGUGCCCUCUCAUCGACGCCUAGAGUGGGCAGAGAGAAAUUAUCCCCUGUCCACUCAGAUGGCUUGUAAAGCUGAGGUGGUGAUGGAGACAGUCCAGGCCGAUUCGGCUGAAGCAACCCCAGCCGAUACCGAGAAUAUAGAUAUUCUCUAUGGCACCUUAUACGGCCUAUGGGAUUAG